AUGGAGGUGGAGAAGGACACGAUCUCGGACGCCACCCUCAGGAAGCUCAAGAAGUACACUGAGAAUCCGAAUGACUUGUGCCACCUCCGUUCCCUCUCCCAGGUAGCCAAAGUGUCGAAGCCAUGUCGACCUCUGUGCGCGUGGCUCAAGGCUCUCGACCACUACUCCCAAAGCGAGAGGGAGCUGGCCGAGUUGCAAGCGCGUUAUGAAGCGUGCGUGUGCCGGCGUCAGCAGCUGGACGGGGGCAUCAAGAGAGCCACGGCAAGGCUUCAGCGCUGCACGAGGCUGACCACCGUCCUGGCUGACGAGGACUCGCGGUGGUCAGCGAAGAUCAAGACCCUGAUGAGCGAAGCCGAGGGCGUCUACGGCGAGUGCACUCUCGGGGGCGUCGCCGUGGCUUACCUGGGGGCGCUGACGUCCUCCCACCGAGACCAGCUUCUGCAGAGCGUCGUCAACAUCCUCGUCACGAGCGGGGUCGUUACGCCGGCUAAGUACGACCUGAUGGAGACUCUGAGCACCUCCGAGCAGCGGGACACGUGGGAGGCAGCCGACCUGUACCGCGACCCAGCCUGCUUUCUACAGGCCGCCUUGGUCCUCUCAGCUAUAAGGAGACCCCUCGUUCUCGAUCCUGAUUAUAUGUGCGUCCGAUGGCUGACUCGCCUCCACGAAGAGCAAGGAGGCCUCCAGGUCCUGCACGCCGGCGACGAGGACCUACUCAGCAAAGUCCUCUCCGCCGCCCACGCCCGCCGCCCGAUCCUCGUCCUCCACACGCCCACGUACCUCACCUACAACCUCAGAAAACUCCUUGAGGUUCCUAGUCAUCUUCAGACGAGCGACGGCGCCCUGCAGGAGGUGGUGAUGAUCCUGGUGACGGGGAGUGCCACCCCGACCCUGCCUCAGGAGCUGUGCGUCCACGUCACCCGCGUGUCCUUCGCCCUCCCGCCGCUCGUCCUUGAAGAGCGUCUCCUCAACGACGUCCUGAAGAUGGAGCGCGAGGACCUGUACGAGCAGCGAGCCAGCCUGACGGCGAGCAUCAUGCGCGACCAGAAGGCCCUCGAAGCCGUGGACGACACCAUCCUGAAGAAGCUCACGCAGGCGUCCACCGCGCUGCUUGACAACGAGGAGCUCCUGGCGGCGUUCUACGAGGCCAAGUCGACAUCAGCAGAGUUCCGCACCCGCCUUGCCGAGUGUCGACGGACGCUGCAGAAGAUCGGCAACGUACGUGACAAGUACCGCCCGGUAGCGACCCGCGGACGCCUCCUCUUCUCGACGUCGACGGCCCUCCGGAGGCUCAGCCGCAACUACGUCUUCUCCUUCCAACACUUUCUUCACCUGUUCUCCGUGUGCAUCACGUCCGGCGGCCGAACGGAAACCCUGAGCUUCGACCAACGCAUUCACUCGCUGGUCGUGAGCGUCACGCAGCUGGUGGUAACGCACGUGAGUCGCGCCCUCCACCCUGCGCACCGCCUGGCCUUCACCACCGCCCUCUGCGCAGCCAUCUCCGCAGACGCCGGCACCCUCACCCCCCCUGCCUGGAGAGCCGUCCUCGACCCCUCCGUGCUGGACGAGGAGGUGGGAUUGACAGGGAGUCGAGGUCCUGCCGAGAUGCCCCGUGGUAGGAUAUCCGACUUCAAUGCUCUGAUGCUCUUAAGGAUAGCCAAGCCCCGUCAGCUCGUGGCAGGAGCCCGCGAAGUAGUCAACAUCAUGCUCGGUGACCCUCACUUACUACGACCUGACCUCGCCCUUGGCAAACUCUUAGGCCCAGAAGAGCGGAAGUUGCCUGUCUUGGUGUGGGCGGACUAUGGGCGUGACGUGGCCGGCGAGGUGAUAGCAGCCGCUCACUCCCGCUCUGUGGCCGGAAUUACGAGGGUUAUCAUGGCUACACCGGCGGAGAAGGCAGGAGAGCUGGAUUCUGUCGGAGUGCCUAAUCUUGCCUCGCUUUUAGUGAACUCCGUACAGCAAGGCGGAUGGAUUAUCGUCCAGGGAGCCGAGUCGCCUUCCGUUCUCUCAACCCUCCUCGGUGCCAUGACGUCACUAGGCUCUCCGGAUGUCAAGGUACACGAGGAUUUCCGGUUGGUAGUGACUGUGAGUGUUACCAAGGCAGCGCCCCCUGACCUGACCUUGCUGGCACGCCCACUGUACUCGCAGCCCGCGCCCACGAUCCCUGCCACACUCGCUGCAGCCGCCACCCUCAUCAACAUGCACAAUUAUCGGCACCAUUACUCGGGAGCGAGGUGGCGCCGGGCGGUGUGGCAAGUGGCUGCCGCCCACACCAUUGCUUCGGUCACUCGGCACUGGCACGGGCACCCUCCGCCCCCGCCCGUGCCGCCCACCCACACGCCCAGAACCCAGAUAGCUUCCGGUCCGUCGAGGCCCUCCAGCGCCUCGCCUCUGCCACCCACGCCCACCCUCGAGCUCUUGGACGAACCCGAGGCCCAGCCCAGCCCGGGACACGUCGGCCUCGACGGCUAUGUCAACCUCGAGGAGCUGACCGGAACCCUCAAGUGCCUCUACAAGCUCUCCCUUGAGUACGCGCUCGACGAUGAUACUGUCGUGCACUUCCUCGCCGUGGUGUACGGGCAGCAGAAGUCGUGGCAGGAGAUCGUGUGUUCGAUUCCCGGCGAGGUGGGUGUGGUCUCGAAGGAGGCGGCCCAGAGCAUCGUCACCGCCCACCUCACAGCCUGUCUUCAGGAUCUACACAAUCUGACGCUGGAUGUGGAAUACAGAGCCUUCCAAGACGACCUGACGACCAUUGCCAGCGACAUCUUUGAAGCUCCGACGUCAGCUCUCGACGAAUAGGCCAUGUUUGAUUGUUUUCCUUGUUUAUCUCUUGUUAGUUUGCUUUAUUCUGUUAUUGUUCAUUCAUUGGCG